AUGCAUAUCGAACGAUAUGAAUCGAUAUCAGCCGUGCUAACAAAUGGAAAAGUUUUAAUGAUUGGUGGAGCUAAUAACCGUGGUAUUCUAAAUAGUACUGAAUUGCAUGAUCCAUUGUCAGGAACGUGGACAAUUGUUAAUAGUAUGAAUGAUAUACGAUUUUUGCAAGCCGUAUCUGUAUUACUGGAUAGAAUAGUGUUAGUUACUGGUGGAGAGGAUGCUUGUGUUGGCCCUCUAAAUACUUCUGAAUUGUACGAUCCAUCAACAAACAUGUGGACAACCGAUAGUACCCAGUCAGACAAACCUUUGAAAAUAACGCGUUAA